ACGCACCGGCAAAAUCACGAGGUAGCGUAAGUGGACCUUUGCCCGGUCACGCGGUAACACCGUCCGAUAAGAAAUAUUGCUAGAUCUUGUUUACCACCACUGGCGAGAGCGGAACCUGUUCUUCCAAAACCACUUCCUCUAACCAAGGAGCUUUUAUAUCAGACCCUGAAACCGGUACCAACAAAUGGGAAAGUCCCUGAGGAAUGAUGACUUUACCCGUGAGCACAUUUGGCAUUAUGACUCACAUAUGACUCACAUAUCACGUUGGCAUUUUCUUAGUACAGGCGACAAAAAAGCCCACCUGUCAAAAAGUGAAAACGCAGUUUUACGAAGUAUCAUAGAGUGAGGUGCCGUCAACGUUUUACGCUACUCUAUCCAGAAGAACCCUCUCAGUGCUAAAUCAAUGAAGACAAGUGCACAAAGUUUUGUUACCUCGCUUUAAGUGCUCUCUCCUGUUGAUGAAAGCUUAAGAAAUGUACAGCAAGUUGCGAAUCACGGGAAAUAAAAAGUAAGGCUGCCUACGCUUUACGGAAGUAAGCGGUGGUAAGCGCAAUUAUGGUUUAUUGUCACGAUAUAUUUUAAUACAGACAAAAAAGUUUCGGAAUCCGAACUUUCUAAUCGUUCAAUUUCGUCAGAGACAUUUCGACGAGAAAUAUUGUUACAUGUACUAACAUAUCGCCCUGUGCAUAGAAUAUAAUAUCGCCCUGUGCAUAGAAUGGAUCCCCAUGAAAAAAAUAAUGGUUUGUCCCUUGAGGUGAACUUUCAUGAGAGACCACCGUAUUGGGAGACCCAGUAGUUCCUACAAAGGGAGUAAAGGUGGGGAGGGCGCGCCAAAUUUGUAGGUUUAGCGCAGCAUUAGGGUAACUAACGCUGCAAGAAUGCAUAGAAGAUCACCUACCGUUCAUUUCACUCCUCCUACGUUGGUAAGAAGUUAUACAUCGUGGCAUGGCAGCGGUGGUAGCCGCAGGUUGGUGCGAGGGCUGGCCGGUUUGAUCGGAGUCGGGCUCGGGACAUCUGUUGUUGUGUGGUCCUCAGUCAGUCACUUUCUCAGCGACUGUGAGGAGCCCACAGCACAACAGCCGUCAGAAGAAGGGGCGUUAUCUACAACCAAGGACCAGACAACACGGCUGCAGACUGUCAUCACAGAGGCGAGAGACUUGGUACAACGGGUCAAGGAUGAGGUUGGAGCCCCAGGGAUAGUGGUUGGUGUCAGUGUGGAUGGGAAGGAAGUAUGGACAGAAGGUUUUGGCUACUCAGAUGUAGAGAACCGGGUGAAGUGCCACCCAGCAACAAUCAUGAGAAUUGCAAGCAUCAGUAAACCCUUGACGAUGGCAGCCCUGGCCACCCUGUGGCAGGAAGGGAAGGUAGACUUGGACAAGCCUGUACAGGAGUAUGUCCCUUCUUGGCCGGUCAAAACAUACCAAGGAGAAACUGUUACCAUUACAACAAGGCACCUGGUCUCCAAUCUGGCUGGUAUUAGACACUAUGAGAAGAACAAGGGAAAAGACAAAAAUGACAAGGAACAACAAAACAAAGUCACAAAGGAAGAGAGAGAAUCCUCCUAUUUACGGCUAAUAGGGGAAAAGAAAGAUGAUCCAGAGAAGAAACAGUCCAGUACAGAGGUUGGAAAGUCUGAUACCACAAAGGCAGGGAAGAAGGGCUCCCAAGGGAAGGGAGAGUUUGCCUUGAAGGAGUACUACAUCAAGAAGCACUACAAAAAUGUCACAGAUUCCCUGAGUCUCUUCAAGGAUGACCCGUUAAUGUCCAGACCAGGCACAGAGUUCCUGUACAGCACCCAUGGGUGGACCCUUGUGAGUGCAGUGGUUGAAGGUGCAGCCAAGACCGACUUCCUGAAAGUCAUGAACAAGAUGUUUCGAGACCUGGGCAUGUUCCACACCUCAGCAGACCUCAAUGAGCCUAUUAUUUACCACAGGUCCAGGUACUACACUCACAAUGAACGUGGCCGCUUAGCCAACUGUCCGUACGUGGAUAACUCUUACAAAUGGGCUGGAGGUGGUUUCAUCUCCAAUGUACAUGACCUGCUACAGUUUGCCAAUGCCAUGUUGUACAGCUUCCAAUGCUGUAACUGUACCUCAAAAAACAAGUUAGCUCCAGGGUACCUGAAGUGUGACACUAUGAGGAAAAUGUGGGGCCCUGCAGCCAACACCAAGUGUUCAUGGGACAAAACUGCGGACGGAUACUACGGAAUGGGGUGGGGUGUCAUCCCGAAUAAGGUAGAAUAUGGUCAUGGCCGUGAGCAGCGCUUCUACGUGAGUCACACAGGGGGCGCUGUUGGUGCAAGCAGUGUCCUUCUCAUCUUGCCACCAAAACAGAGUACAGAGACAGUGACUGACAGUUUGCCACCCACAGGGGUGGUUGUUGCCAUACUCUGUAACCUACAAGGUGUUAACUUAAACCCACUUGCCCUGGAAAUGGCCAAGAACUUUGAGGAGCUAACAACUGAGUGAUGCUGCUAUCCCAUACACUUAGAUGAGUUCUAUUACUUGUAAGGCAUUACUAAGUAUGUUCAUGUACUUUUUAUUGGUUCUGUGCAAUCAAACAGUACAUAAUGUUGAUGGAUAGAGCAGAGGUCUGGACUCUUUUUGUACGGGAUUUUAUACUUAACUGGAGGAAAUCUUUGGAUGGAAAACUUAAACAUGCACACACACACACACACACACACACUCACACACACACACACACACACACACACACACACACACACACACACUGUAGACUUCUACUUCCUGUGAUGUAAAUAUGAUAUAUCCUUCCCAGCAGACUGAUAUUUAGCUAAAGUGUAUUUGGCACACAUCAAUAAAAUUGUCUCUACUUGAAAUUGAAAUUGAGAACAUCAGGCCUAACUCUAUGGCCCCAAAAAAGACACACUAAGUCUGGUCAAAUUUAAUUUCCGUUUAUUGUUCCGAACAUGAAAUAUAUAUGGAUAUGUAGAUUCAUCACACACAUACGUGUAUUCCCAUCUAUUUUGACUUUUAUGAUGCACUAUACAGUUGUGUCUGAUGACGAACCUCACUUUUUUAUACAACAUAUUGAACACUAGGAAUACAUCAUUACGUGCUUGGCACAGUUGUAUUACAUUUUAUACCCUUUACAAGACCUGGUAUGUUACAUUCAGUAUUUGAUAUGUAUAUAAUGUAUUUAUGGCCUGUCUGGUCUUGCCUCUGGUAAUUAUACAUGUAACUAGUACAAAGAAUGGCACACAAUCCUACUUACCGACAAGUCCGAGUAAUUUUUAGCUUUUGAGAUAUACAGCAUAGCAGCUUACUGUCAACACUUUGUGGAACUGUGUUCUCUAAUGGUACAUUCUACACUAUGUUACAUUGUGUUGUGAUCUCAUGUCCUUUGGUAAGAUAUACACUAUUUUAGAUGCACCUUUUUGUAAUCCAUUAAGACGAUACAAAAUACAUUACCAGACCUUUUCCCGGGACAACAUUCAGCACAUAGACCCACGGACUACACCUGGAAACUCACAUCAGCACCACAGUUCUAUUGUGUGUCAUAUUUAUUCACAGUCAAUACAUGUAGAAUACACCACAGUGUAUUCCAUAUAACCCAGGGUAUAUGUACCUGCCCAACCGCAGGAAAGAUCGCACAAUAGUUAAGGAUGAUCUGACCCGCGGGAGGGCUGGGACCAAGGGUGAUGCAGAAUACUCUGUGUUGUGUUAUAUUUUAUUUAUGCAAUACCCACCCAAGAAAACAGAUUGUUUUAAAUACAAAAUGUGCCAGACAUUGGGAAAAUUUGAUGUCCUAGAACAAAAAUUGUAACAGCAACAAUUCCACAGAACAAAUCCGAUAUUCGUAUUUUCAACUGUGCCACACCCAACACACAUGGAGUAUGUUCGAUAGAAGCCCGUGUGAUACAAGUAAGAACCACAUGUGAUACCGGAACCCCCCUAUCAAACAUUAUUGCAACCAGGUACGACAUAAAGCAGUGUACACUACUAACACUAUAUACGUACACUUAGACUUACCAAAUCAACAUUAAGUAUUAUAAAACCACUGGCUAUUUCCAUGUGUUUUGACAAAACUACAUGUACACAAAAUUUAUCAAGUCAAAUCCACUACUAUAAAAGUAUGCAGUAUGGCAGAUACAGUGUAUAUAUAAAUGUAACUAAGGAUGGUAGUAUCAUUUCUGUGAGCUGGUCCAGGAAACUGCCUGGGAGCACAUAGGUACGUCGAUCUUAAUCACUCUGAAACGAUUUUGUUGCUUGAAAAGAACUUUCUUUCUAAACAAGCAACUUGUCAUUUUAGGUUUCUUACAACAAAUGAGUUUACAGGCAGAUAUAAUCUUGUCAGAACCCACAUUUUCCCAUUUUGUGAUCAAAAUAUUUUAUUCACAGAAUGGACAUGUGCUUGUGUAAUCAUGUAGUUGAAUAAAAGAUUUGAGUAUAUUUUGGA